AUGGCUUCUCCAGAAGAGGUCGAGGCCCAGAAGCAGAAGUUGUUGGUAAACCAGGAAAAUCCAAACACCCUGGAAUUCUAUAAUGCGCGCUCUCGCGUCUAUCACGAUGAUGAGGAGGAGAAGGUGUGCUUCUACUUCGACUACACCAAGGAGGGCGCUAGCCGGGAGAUUAUCAAUUGGCAACGGCUUAAAGAACUCAAAGACCAAAAGAAGUGGGGCGUCAUCCGGCAUCCGAUGGUGUUGAAUUAUGUUAAUGAGAGACUGUUGGAUAUGUCCAGUUGGUACACAUUCCACAUCAUUGCCUACUUCUCCUUCCUCCUCCUUCUCUCUUGGCACGUCUUCUCGAGAUCGUUCUACAAGGACCUCCUCAUCACGGCCUAUCUGGCAUUUUUCGUGUUUAUGAUGUUCGUCAAGACCGCCAUGAAGGUCCAGAUCUCGACCGGCGUGUCCAAGUGGUCAGCUGUUGCCCUGUUCUUCAACUUUCUCACCUACCUCGUCACGUUUGCGUAUGUUUGGCUGCCCACGCUGUUCAGAUACGAUGAUUAUCACCCGGAAGUUAAGCACGUCGUCCUCUGGUUUCUCCCGAUCGUGGCCAUCAUCUCAGCCUGGGUCAACUUCCUGUACAUUCUGCGCCAAAGCCCCUACGGCAUCUACAUAUUUAUGAUGGUCAGGAUCCUGCGAUCGUUUGGACAUAUCGCAACAAUCUGGAUCCCGACGUUGAUCGCGUUUUCCUUUGCCUUCCAUCUGAUCAUGAGGGAUUCUGGAAUCGAGCCUUGGAUUAGCGUGGAGAGGGACACCAACUCGACGAUGGUGCAGAAGCUGUUUGUCGUCCUUCAGGCGAUUACUAAGACGUCGACGAUGAUGAUUGGAGAGGUUGAUGCCAACGACAUCCUCGGCACUCGCCAGUGGAUUCCCUCGAUCCUCGUACUCGCCUUUGAGAUCAUCACCGUCAUCCUGCUGAUGAACUUGAUGGUGUCGCUGGCAGUUGGAGACGUCAGUGACCUCAGGAACUCUGCUCAGGACAAGUUGCUCAAGAUUAAGGUCAGCUCUGUCAUCGAGGCCCUACAAUUCAGCCAGGUCCUUCCGCAAACCCUUCCGGACAGCUGGCUGCUUCAUAAACGCAAAACCAACAAUGUGUUGAUCGUCGAGCGGGACGGGCACUAUUUUACGCUGAUGAGGUCAAAGAAUGCUUUCCGGAACGCUACGGUUGACAGACGCCCCGCUUCCGAAUUGAAUGACCAUAAAUACCGCCUGGACUUCACGAAUCCGCGGAUGCGGGUGCGGAUUCGUAGGGAACUGCUGGCCGGACGUCACCAGAUGGUUCACUUGGAGGAUUGCCAGAUUGUCUUCAAAGAAGCGCCCGAUUCCGGCAUCCCGAACUGGCAGCCAGAAGCCGACGAGGCCAAGCCAAGUCAUGAUAGCCGUGAUGGAUGGCAGAGGCGGUACGCAAAAUGGUUGAUCGGACUGGACUGGACCGGAUAUUUGGAUCUC